CACCCCUAAUUCUCAGCCUUCCUCUCACCGCCUCCGUCCGUCGCGCUCAAGAUCUUCCUCUGUUCGUGGUGCUCCAGCCUCUCUCCUCAUUCGCCAAUCGCCAGAUUCUUCAUCGUGCUCGCGAGUCGGCGUGCUCCAACCCCUCAUCUUGCUCAGUCGCGCUUUGCCAGCCGUCCCUCGUCGUUCUCGUCGUCGUCUUUUGAGUCGUCUGUCGUGCUUGUCCCUCGAAGGAGGAUCAACAUGGAGGAUCAACCUCCACCAGCAGCAGCAGCAGCAGCAGCAUCAUCAUCAUCAUGCUGGAGCAGCGUGCUGAAGAAUCAGGCAACUGCAAAGCCACCUCAGCAACAAUCCAUUCAAAAUGGUCGAGGCUUAGUCGAGAGCAGCAAAUCUGCCCACGGCGUUUCUGUGGCCGUUGUUGAUGCCAACGCCGUCAUUGAUGGCGGGGAGAAGCUUCACAGCCUUGCCGACAAGUUCGUGUCCGUCCCUGAAGUCAUGGAAGAAAUCCGUGACCCUGUUUCACGCCACAAACUUUCUUUCCUUCCCUUCACUAUCGAUACCAUGGAGCCCACUCCUGAAGCUAUCAACAAAGUUGUCAAGUUUGCUAGGGCUACUGGUGACCUGCAAACUCUUUCAGAUGUUGAUCUCAAACUCAUAGCUUUGACUUACACUUUGGAGGCUCAAAUCCAUGGGACACAAAAUCUCAGGGAAAGUCCACCUCCUGUUCAAACGGUGAAUGUUCCGAGGUUGCCUGAGAAGGACAUGCCAGGGUGGGGUUCUAAUGUGCCUAGUAUGGAGGAGUGGGAAGCAUUGGAGCAUCAAGCUGAGGACAAGUCGAAUUCCAAUUCAAGGAUCCUUCCUUUGAGGGAUUUAAACCUGAAUGUUGUUUCUCAAGAAGGUCAUUUAGAAGACGGUUCAGCGGAACAUAAAAGCAAAACUUCCUCAUAUAUUCAACAGCAUCUUGAGUUAGGAUCAAGUAAGCCUAAGAAAAAGGAGAUAAAUAUUGAAGGGAAGAUCAUGGUGGCUGCUGGAAUUGAUGCAUCCCAAGGACAAGUUGAUGGCGACGAGGGUGAUUGGAUGCCUGCUGUCAGCCGAAGUACUCAUAGGAGAUUUCUACGAAGGAAAGCUAGACGUGAGUUGUAUGACACAUCCAGUAAUCAAGAUCAGCAGCAAGAUUUGGAAGAAAAUGCCGAUGAUGUUACUGAAGAUGCUGGAGCUUCGUCUCAGCACAUUCAUCAAAAUAAUGACGAAAACCAUAUUGGAAGUGGUGUUUCUACGAAUGAUCAGAUAAUGGAAGAGAAUGAAAGUAAUGAAACGCUCCCUGCCCUUAUGAAGCAAAUGAUGCUAGAAGGUUCACCUGAAGUUCUUGAUCAUGAACAAAACCUAGGUUUCUCUAAACCUGGUGAGACAGAUACAUUCAACGGCGAAUCAAACCACUUGGAUCAUGCAAGCCAGACUAGUGAAGCUACUGAUUUGUCAUAUGCAGAUGAUGAUAGUAGUGAACAAAAUUGGAUGGUUCGACCAUUAUCUGAAUCAAGUGUAGCCUGUGUAACAGGUGACUUUGCAAUGCAAAAUGUUCUUCUCCAGAUGGGUUUGCGGUUGCUGGCGCCUGGAGGUUCACAGAUACACCAACUGCACAGAUGGAUACUCAUGUGUCAUGCCUGCUGCACUGUUACUGCUGAUAUUGGGAGGAUUUUCUGUCCAAAAUGUGGAAAUGGUGGUACCCUACGUAAGGUAGCUGUUACCGUUGGUGAAAAUGGUAUAGUGAUGGCAGCCCGUCGACCUCGAGUAACAAUACGUGGUACAAAGUUUUCACUGCCUCUACCCAAGUGCGGCAGGGAUGCAGUCACAAAGAACCUGAUUCUCCGCGAAGAUCAGCUUCCUCAACGGGUACUUUAUCCUAAAACAAAGAAGGCUAGCAAGAAGGAUGAUGACAUUUUCGCAUCAGGCAGUGUCUUCACCCACCACACAGAUAAGCGUGCUCCUUUCCAUCCUCCCAUAAGGAAAGCAUUAGCAGUUUUUAGUGGCAGGAGAAAUCCCAAUGACAAUCACUACUCCGGUUCUAGACACAAGUAGUGGAGAUGUCUAAAUUUUUCAUGGUCUCUCCACCACAAUUUUGUUUCACUUGUUUGUUUUGUGGAGUUAACAUGGAGAGUUUGUUUAGUUAUAAAACAAUGAUUAAGGACAACUAUUCUUACUAUAUUUAUCUAGUUUGUUUAGUUUUUUUCAUGUAUUACCCCUCUUCUCUGUUUGAGCACAACAACAGCAGCUUAUGAUCUGAACCAUUCUCGUCUAGGUGUAAGACAAAGGCAUCUGAAAAUAAUGAACGCCAAGUCGUUGUUACCAGUGCUCUAUCAAGUCGUUCCUUUGCAAAAUUGCCUCCAAAUUGACGAUUUGACCAAGUAAAUAUGUCUCCCUCAUAACCCAAAUCCACCAGCUCUCAUUUGUUGAUGAAGUCAUUAAAAUUUUGAAGCGUAGCUGCUGGUUUUGGUCUCCUGCCUUUUUUAAUUUCUCUUGAUGUGCUUUGAUCAUGUUAAAAUCUCCAAUCACAAUUGUUUGCUCCUCUUUAUUUUCCAACAACUGCAGUACUUUAUAGUAUUGUUUA